CACCCUGGGAGCCGUAGUCCCCCGGGCCACCAUUUCCGCGGCAGCGUGGGCGCCGCCGCCCGCCGUGACUUUGAGGCAUGGAGAGCGGCUUCGGCUCCGAUUUCGGCUCCGACUUCGGCUCCGGGGGCGGCGGGGCGGGGGGGAAGCUGGACCCGGGGCUCAUCAUGGAGCAGGUGAAGGUGCAGAUCGCCGUGGCCAACGCGCAGGAGCUGCUGCAGCGCAUGACGGACAAAUGCUUUCGGAAGUGCAUCGGGAAGCCCGGCGGAUCCCUGGACAACGCUGAGCAGAAAUGCAUCGCCAUGUGCAUGGACCGGUACAUGGACUCCUGGAACACGGUUUCCCGAGCCUACAACUCUCGUCUGCAGCGGGAGAGAGCCAACAUGUGAAGCUCCUGGACCACGAGGGACCGUGUGGGGAAGGGACAGUGGCCAGCCCAGGUGGCUGGGGGUGAAAUCCUGCGGCCCCUCCAGCCCCUGCCGUGGCAGAGCAAUAAACCCUCGCUGAAUCUUUUGCAUCCAUUGGCUUUUAUUAGCACCGGCCCCUGGAACGAGUGAGUCUUCCAGCCUUGAGAGCCACCACGAGCUGCUUGGUUUGCCUCAUGCCCUUCCCAGCGGUCCAGCCUGGCCAUGGCAGCUGAUAAAUCCCUGCCGAAAGGGCUGCGAGUGGCAAGGAACCUGUUGUGGCAAAGGGGGCAACCCAGCAGCACAGUUCCCCUGCCCAGGAAGCAAGCACGGACCCAGCCAUCAGGUGGUUACAUGGUCUCUUUUCAUGAGUGGAAAAGCUGCCAUGAGAUGCUCCAUAUGCCUCUCUUUCCCCAUGUAAUUGUGGGGCUCACUCUUGGGCUCAUAGGCUUUGAUUCGGCUCAAGCUGUGCAUUGGGCAGCUCUUACUAGGGUUGGAAACAGCUGUACAAGCACAGCUGGGGACAAAAAGAGUUGGGAAUCACCUGGCUUGAUUUCUUUAGAGAAUAAAACG